AUGGCCAAACCCGUUCCUCUUAUCCCAGAGAAGAAGAUUACCGAUGACCCGAUGAUAGAAGCAGAUUCCGAACCGGUAGCUGGCGCCAUGGAUGACCUUGACCUUGAGCAGAUGGGCUACGUGCCUCAGAUGAAACGAGAGUUUAGUCUGAUACAGUUGAUCGGCAGCGCAUAUACUCUGACAAACUCAUGGUUGGGCGUGGCUGGAGCAUUUACUACGGGAAUCACCGCAGCGGGCUCUGCUGGAAUCAUUUACGGUCUGAUCCUGAUGUUUAUCCUCAACCUCUUUGUCGGAAUCUCGUUGAGUGAAUUAAUCAGCGCGAUGCCCAAUUCCGGAGGACAAUACUAUUGGGCAAUGAGACUGGCACCGCGCAAGUAUGCCCGGUCAUUUGCCUACAUUACAGGCGUAUGCAAUUUAUUUGCCGCAUAUUGCACGACAGCGAGUUCAUCAAUCGCUGUCAGUAUGUUUAUCUUUGGAUCCGUUAAACUGGCUGUACCGGCCUUUGCACUUUCUGCGUGGCGUGUUUAUCUUGGAGCUGUUGCCCUUAACCUUGUUGCCGGCUUGGUAAACAUAUGGGAGAAGGCUGUCACCAAGAGCGUUCUUGUAGGACUUGUCAUCAGUCUUCUGACCUGCGUUCUCAUCACAAUUGUCCUUCCUGCCACUGCGGUUGCUCAUACUGAUGCCAAAUUCAUAUUCGGCACCUUAGAUCGAAGCAAUGGCUGGUCUUCUGAUGGCAUGGCAUUUAUUGUGGGGUUGAUCAACGCCAAUUUCUCAUUCGCUGUACUUGAUAGUGCGGCACAUCUCGCAGAGGAAACACCGGAUCCUGCACGAAAUGUCCCCAAGGCAAUCAUGAUGACAGUCAUUAUAGGAUUCUUGACUGCCUUUCCGUUUGCCUGUGUCUUAAUGUACUGUCUAACCGACUUUGAGAGCGUCGUCAAUAGCCCGACCAAUGUUCCCAUUCUUCAGCUUUUCUACGUUACGUAUGGGAACCGCCAGUCAGCGGCAUUGACAACCAUGGCGUUUGUGACCAUCUCUUACAUUUGCUCCUCUUUCCGCAGCAUGCCUACCAAGCUCGAAUGUGUUGGGCUUUCUGUCGGGAUAAUGGGAUGCCUUUUUCAAAAUACUGGUCCCAUAUUGACCCUUCAACACACGUUCCACUCCGAGCUCACAUACUUUCCGUGUGCAUAG